AUGGUAGGGUCAAAUCAAACUUUUGCUGAAGAAUCAGUUGAUAGGGGUAUUUGGGAUGUUGUUUUGAAUGGACCAUUUGUGCCUGUUAACGUUGUUAAUGAAGUGCAGGAACCAAAGCCUUUUGCUCAAUGGACUGCUGAUGAAAACAGGAGAGCUCAAUAUGACGUUAAAGCCAGAAACAUUAUAUCAUCUGCUCUAACUCUUGAUGAGUUCUACAGAAUUUCUGACUUGGCAGCCAAAGGUGAGGCUAUCACGGAGUCACAGAAUCUUGCAACAAUGACCAUGGUGGCUCUGUUUGGAAAACUGAGAGAGCACGAGCUUGAGCUGGGAAGACUGAAUGAUGAAGAAGAUCAAGGAAAAAAGAAGAAUAUUGCAUUCAAAACUGAGGUUGUCAAAGGCAAGAAGCAAAAAGAGGAAGAAGAUUCUAAUGAUGAUGAGAAUCUCAGUCUCAUGAUAAAGAAGUUCAUAAAGUUCAUGAAGUCCAAAGGAAGAAAUCAAUUCAAGACGUGGGAAGAUAAUGCCUCAAGUUCAUCCAACUCUGAGGGAUCCGAUGAGGAAGAAGCAAACUUUUGCUUAAUGGCCAAUAGUGAUCACUCUGACAGUGAGUUAACUUCCAAAGCUAGAAAAUCAAUGUGGUACCUUGAUAGUGGAUGCUCAAGACACAUGACGAGUGAUAAAAGGAAGAUCAAGAAUCUCAAAAGAAAGGAUCAAGGAUUUGUUACAUAUGGAGAUAACAACAAAGGGAAAAUAAUUGGUAUUGGAGAUGUUAGUGGAUGGGAUACCUUGGAGAUCAAGGAUGUGCUACUUGUAGAAGGACUGAAGCACAAUCUUCUCAGUAUUAGUCAACUAUGCAACAAAGGUCUCAAAGUUAUCUUUGAAAGUGAUUACUGCACUAUCCACCAAAAGGAUUCUAAGGAAAUUGCUUUGAAAGGAUAUUCUCUUACUAGUAAAGCAUAUAGAGUCUUUAAUCGAAGAACUUUGAAUGUUGAAGAAUCCAUGUAUGUUGUCUUUGAUGGAGUUGUAGACCUUGAGGUGAACCCUCUUGAGUUAAAUAAGCAAAUUACAGGUGAUGAAGAAUAUAUUCAGGAGGCCCUUGAUGAGAUGUAUUUAAAUGAGAAUCCACCUUAUCAAUCUGAAGAUCUUGAAAAAUGCUGGAAGUCACCAAGAGGAUUAUCUCUAGACAACAUCAUUGGUGAUAUUUCAAAAGGGAUUGAACCAAAAAAUGUUCAAGAAGCUCUUUAA